AGAGAGCGAGACACUAUGAUUGGAUGCCAGUGAUAGAGUAAAAGACUAAAGCAGCUUGUGAAUUUUCUUAGUUGCCAUGGGCCCUUGGGGGUCGAUCAAGUGGCAGUGCUGACUCACAGAGGACAGGACAGAAGACACAUGAAGAAACAAGGCAAAAACAAACACAAGUGACAAGAAGUAACUAAGGACAACGAGGCUUUUAUAAGUAGGAGCGUGAGAGGAACAGAGUGAGGGGCACACAGGGUGAGCACUUCGUCUAGAGGGGAGACGGUCGACGGUGUGUUGCCUCCACGCAGCAGAGAGAGCGGUUGACAAGAUCGUCCAGAUCCGUCAGUCCAUCAUCCAUCCAUCCAUCCAUCCAUCCAUCCAUCAGUCCAGGAGGUGAGGAAGGGUCAAAGACAUGAAGAGACCUCACGACUACAGCUCCCCAGACUCGGACACAGACGAGUUUAUUGACGUGGGACAAGAAGACAGCUUCUGCCCAGUCACCGGGUCCAUGUCUCCUGGCAGCGCCUCGCAGAUUCUGGCCCGAAAGAAGAGAAGAGGGAUCAUAGAGAAGAGACGCAGAGACCGGAUCAACCACAGCCUGUCAGAGCUCAGGAGGCUGGUGCCCAGUGCUUUUGAGAAACAGGGUUCAUCAAAGCUGGAGAAAGCAGAGAUCCUGCAGAUGACUGUGGACCACCUCAAACUCCUGCAUGCCAUGGGCGGAAAAGGUUACUUCGACGCGAGGGCCCUGGCAGUCGACUACAGGACCUUGGGCUUCAGGGAGUGUGUUGGGGAGGUGGUGCGGUACCUCAGCUCCCUCGACGGGGAGUCCCCGGACCCCAUAGGAGCCCGCCUCGUCUCCCACCUCUCCCACUGCGCAAGUGAGCUAGACCCCCUCCUCCUCCAGUCGCCCCCGGCCUCCGCUCUGCCCUUCCCUCCUUGGCCGUGGGCGUCCUUCCCUCAGAUCUCCCCCACCUCUCAGGCCUCCUCCUCACCUCCUUUCUCCAGCGGGCGGAGAGAUCUAGCCCUGCUGGGGAGCUACGCUACGCCCGCCUCCCUCAGCCUCGCCCCCCUAGCCGGGUGCCAGCAGGGCGCACCGCAGCUCCUCGCGCCUACCGCCCUGGCCACCGUCCACAGGGUGCCGUCCCUCGCAGCAUCACCAGUCCUCGCCCCCUCCAGACCGACUCAGCCGUCCCCUCACAGCGCCACCAGGGCCUCGCCCCUCCCACUCCUCACCCCUUCCUCUUCCUCUUCUUCUACCUCCUCCUCUUCUACUUUAUCAUCUUCUGCCCCACUGCAAGUCUCUUUCAGGCCCUUCGCGCCUCUGGGGUCUCCCGCAGGCCAGCGCAGGGUCUUGAGCGGAUCGGCUAAAUCAGCCCAGGGAUGGGGGACUGAGAUCGGAGCUUUCUGAAGGUCGACUCCGGUUUUCCCAAUGAACUCUGUAAGGUGGACAUGGAGCUCCAUGUGCACCAUGUUGCAGAUAUGAAGUGCUGAAGGACUCUAAAAGCCAUAUCAGACUGAUAAUCACAAUCAUAUGUAAUGGAAUAAUGAAGGAAUGUGAGAGAACAGAAGAGCUGAAUAAAUUCAUGAUCUUGCUUGACAAACACACACAUCCACAUGUCCGGCAGAGCCAUACUGUAUAUACACCGCUCAACAGAGCGACGCUGAUUUUUACUGACUUUUAACUGUGAUAUUUGUUUUUUUUCUCCCAAAAUCUUUAUACAAUUGAUUACAUUUUCCUAUUUUGAAGAAUGUUCAACAAAAAUCUCUAUAAA